AUGGAUCAGAGAGUGCAAUGCCCCGUGUGUACACUGUACCUACACAGUGGAAUGUCCUUAGAGACACAUCUGGACACACAUCCGAAAGAUCAAGUUAUUAAAGCAUUGUGCUGUCUCUCAAAGAGCGGCAGUAGUAGUAGCAGCAAUACCUUUAGUAGUAGAACACCUACCCCUUUGACCUCAGAGAGAUCUUACCGGAGUAGGUCGAGAACCCCUGCCACCGAUGACAGUGGCAGAUGGGCAGCAACGCAUCGUAAUAAUGAGAAUGAAAGGUUCUGGAGGAGGACUCCGAGCAGAACAAAGUCUACACCAACAUCUAAUACCUCAAGAAAUGCAACACCGGAUCUUAGAAUCGGAAGUAUUACAUUUGAAAAUGCCUCAAACAACAAUUCCACUCAGUGUUCAGACUCUUAUACAGUGAAAUCUGAUAAAACUCCGACAUACGGCUCUAAUGCACCAUCAUCUGACUUUGAUCAACCAUACCCCUUCUUUGCUGAGCAACAAGAUGAUCCUGAGAUUAAAUUUUCACGUAGUUCUGAGUAUAGUCCGCAGAUUGAAAAUACAAGCAAUAUUUUUGGAUAUAACAUGCCAAUAAUGGGGUCGGCCUCGAAAAUACCUUCUGCCAAUCCCAUAGCAUCUAGAAGGGGGAGUGAUUAUGUUAAAAUAGUGCCAAAAUCUGGUAAUGUGCUAUUAAAGAGUUAUGUUGGAGGAAUGCCGUACCUGUCUCCAGGGGGGAAACCAAUGCAUGUUGUAUUGCCUAAUACUCCACCAUUUGCACAGAAGAAUUUGCAGAGUAAUUUGGUUAUGCCGGGAUCAUUACAAGGAUCGUCGACAAUGGACCCGAAAACCGUAACAUCAAAUUCUAGCCAGUACAACCAAUUAACGACAGACACAUUCACACAAAGCAGUACAGUUGUCACUCAGAAUUCACAAAUUAUUUAUAGGGAAAUGGUUCACAAUGUUGACGGCAAACCAUACAUUUCCAAUUUACCGUCCACGGUUGGAAGUCAAGAAAAUACCACAAACGUAGCACAAUCUAGUUCAAUGUACCAAAACGUGAUGGUCGUCGACCAGUUUGGCAACACGUCAUGUAUGUACACAUCCCCACAUUUAUUACCUAAAACAAAUAGUUCUUUUAAUGAAAAUUUAUCAUAUGUUCAAAACGUGCCAGAAAAGUCUGUUCCUAAUGUAGUUAAUGAUGCAAAUAAGACUCUGAUUAUCGAAGUAAGCCCGAUGUUACCACCAGAUACUUCUAGCAGCGCAAGUGUGAGUCCAAGUCCACAACGGACAACACCACAGUCUGCAAUAAAGAAAAAUGAUAGAGAAAAAUCAGAAUCUAAGAGUGAUACUUCGGGAUCGACUAAAGGUCUAAAGAUUCUAAGCAAUAUUAAGGUAGAAGUUCCUGUGCAGCAUCACAAAAAUAUGCUCAACACUGUAAUGGAUCUUACUGGUUCAACGGACUCCGAUUAUCCUGAACAGUCAGUUACACCGGAAAAGAUAUUACCAGAUCUUGAUAAUCCAAGCACCAACGAUGACUGUACUCAGCCUUCGAUCGCAAGUGUUGAUAGCAUCGGUUCAAAUUCAUUUUCGGUCAUCAAAAAUUCUAGUAAUUCAUCGUUUAAAGAAAGCGUCAGUAAGACGGGUAGUAUGGACAACAAAUUGGAUACCGAGUUCUCGGAUAGCUGUCCCGUUCCUGAUCUGAUAUGCAAUGAGAAACCAUCGAUAUCGCCUUGCAGCGAGCUAUCAGAACACGGGGAUAACUCAACUGAUAGAACAUCCCCCAUGCCCAAACCAGAAAGCAGUCAAUCAGUCAUCUCAACUAACACCACAGACAGCGACAAAAAACCGCCGAACAAAACAAGAAACAAUUUACUCAGACUAAAUAACAUAUUCGUCAAAAAGCAUAAAAAAGUCCUCCAAAUAAAAAACGCUAAACUCUUCCCGCCCAAUCACAGUCAGAUACAAGAAACAAGAGAAUCAUCCUCAUCUAACAAAUCACCAGAAAACUUCAGCAUCAAUAAAAUUCAUUCCGAAAACGGCAAUACGAAGCCUGGUGGAAAUUUACAUAAUAUUAGUAUUGAAAAGAUUAAAGCUAUUGAAGAACAUCAGAACGAAUUUGACGCUAACACGGAGGAACAAUCUAUGGAUAUUGAACCAGUGACACCGUCUAACGUGAACCAUAGUCACUACACCACCACAGUCGAUAUGGUGCAUGUGAAAGAAGAAGUGAAUUCCAGCAACGAUUUCAGCAACGAAGAGAGGUCGUCCACUGAUAUCGCGCCCAUGGAAACCUUGAGACCUAUCAACGUUAUCAACUACAGCAACAUGACUGGAGACUUUGAUGAAGAAUCAAACCACAGGGAACUAUUAGAAUUGGAAGCAGCGUCAAAAAAUAAACAAUUCGUCUCCAUGAUGAAUGAAAACUACUUCGGCGAUAACAUCUACGCGGAUUACUUCACGCCGGACCGCGUUGAAGCCUUCGAUGCGGCCAAGGAGUCGAAUUACGUGAAAGACAAUACAAAGGAUCCAAUGUACAUUUGGGGGGAAUCGUCACAGAAGGAGAGCGAGUUCGUCUUACCAAACUUUAUCCACGAGAGUUACAAGAUAGCUGAAAAUGGGGUGGAUUAUAACGAUUUGGCGGAUAACCAAGUGGAAGUAGAUAGGUGUGAAAGGGAUAGUAAGGCUGAUGUAUUGAGUGAGGGGGAACCUCCGCUGAAUAUCUGCUCCGACGAAAGGAUGCCGCCGCGUGGCGAACUCAGCGGCCAAGAAAGCAACGGAGAUAUGGAGUCGCCUUGGAACGGGAUGUAUUCGGGUGUGCAACCUACGGAGCCUUACGAUCUUAUGGCUCGUGAGAGCUGGGUGUCCGAUGCUUCUGAUGAUGAAGGGAAUGAAAAAACAGAAAAUAUCGAGGAGGAAAUCCAUUUCCCUAAGAUGAGGCAAUACAACUGUGCUCAGUGCAGUACGAAGUUUGCGACGUUGAAGGAGAUGAGAGCUCAUAGGGUUGUCGCUCACGCCCUGCCAACUUGUUCCAGUACAAAGACCUCCUACAGCCGACUUAUGACUGCCCGAGCCAUCAAGAAAGAGGAAAAACCUGAUGAAUCUGUACUAGCUGGAAAUCUCCUAACUUUGGAUUCCAAGGAGUCAAUGGCGACUACCAUGAUGCAGGUAUACGAUUCCAUGAACGAAACCAAGCCGCAGAUAGAGAGAUUAAUUAAAACCGAGACUAAGAAACGCCGCCGGGAUUACGUGUGCCCUACAUGCAAGGAAGAUCAGUUGACCGAGGCGGGAUUCCACGCGCAUCUUAAGAUACAUCCCUUGGAGUGCCUCACGUGUGGAAAAUGCUUCUUCAAGCGCGCGAACCUCGCGUUACAUGCGAAGACUCACACCGGGAUAAAGAAUUUUAAAUGUGAGAUCUGCGAGAAGCGUUUCCUGACUCGCCAGAAGCUGACAGAGCAUCACAACGUGCAUACCGGCCGUACUCCCGUCAAGUGUACUAUGUGUGAUGACACAUUCCGAAGAUACUCCAACAUGGUACAGCACAGAGACAGACACCACUUCAAGAAGAAGGCAAAAGUCAGGGAUUUCCUAUGUCACUGCGGGGCGGUGUUCCACUCGAGGGCGAAGCUCCACUGGCACAAAGAGACUCACGAGGACAAGCCCAAGGCGUGCCUGUACUGCAGCGACAAGUUCGUGCACGCGGCUUCGCUCACACGACACGUGAGACGGACGCACAAUGAACACUUCAGUUCGCUGAGGAUCAAGGGAAAAUUGGAAAAUGUGCCGUGUCCUGUCUGUAAACAGAUGUAUCUUCGAACAAAUCUCCGAGCUCAUCUAUUAACUCACAGCGGCAAGCGGCCGUAUCACUGCAUCAUAUGCAACAAGGGCUUUACAACCAAGUGGAACCUCAAACUACACCGGUGGACUCAUUUAAGUCGGUCAGCGAAGCCCUACAAGUGUACUCUAUGCAAGGGAGCCUUCAUCAGGCAAACCGAAUACAUCUCACAUAUGAACGCUCACAAAUCAGUUCGCCCAUAUACCUGCAACUACUGCGGCUGCCAGUUCAUCAGGAAAUAUAAUUGUCAACGACACGUAAGAGAACACGAAACGGCUAAGAAAUACGUAUGCAAGGUCCCGGAAUGUGGUAAAUCAUUCCACAGAAGCUACUAUCUAUCAGAACAUAUGAAAGUACACAGCGGAGCUAGGCCGUUCUCGUGCAAUAUAUGCGGAAAAACAUCCAGUAAUAAGUCGAAUCACAAUAAACAUGUUAAAAUACACCACGCAAGAGAACCUGUGGCCACUGAAGCUUAG